AUGCCUUGUGUUUUACUUAAUUUAGCGUUAUCUCGUGUCAAUAUCGAAAUCAGAGUUCUCAAGUUGUCCAUCAAAGUCAAAUCAACAGGUCUGUCAGUUGUCACAAAUGUCAAAUCAUCAAGUAAUGUAAACGUUGCAAGCCUUGGAGUUCUAUCCUUUCAUGAUGCUGGUAAAAUUUUGUCUAGAUCUUUUCCCGAUCAGAGUGAAAUUUUAAUUAAGGAUUUAGUUACGAAGAUAAAUGAAAAGAUAAAACCUCUUAAACAAAUGAUAAAGAUUGUAAAUGAUGAAACAACAAUGCAAAAGAACUUAGUAUUUAUCUCUUUGGGAUAUGAUGAAGCCACCAAAACUCAAAAUAUGUUUUCAUCAGAACAGCUAGCCUAUUUCAGGGUUUUAUUAGAGCAAAUUAUGACCACCGAAAGUCGACAAAUAACUGCAACGCAAGCUAGCAAUUUGGUUGGAAAAGGAACUAUUGCCAUGAAAGAUACUGAGGCUUUGCUUCAUCUAUGGUGUAAAAUGCAUUACUUAGAAAAGACUGGCCAUAACUAUGCAUUAGGCCUUCGAGCCAUUCAUGAGUUUGAAAGAUACUUUCAAGAGAACAUGCCAGAUACCGUACAAAAUUGUUGUCUUUGCAACCAAAACGUGUUUAGAGGGUACAAUUGUCCUGGAUGUGAUGAAGCAAUACACACAAAAUGCUUGAGGAAUUACACUGACAAACAUCACAAAUGGCCAUGCUGUAAGGCUGAAUUUUUUGACGCCCAUCUCGAGCGACUUAACUGUCAAGGAAUGUCCCAAACAAUAAAUUCAACACAUCAACAAUAUCGAUGUGAAACUACCAAUGUCAGUACUCAAAGGAUAGAGGAUAGUAGUACUCAAAGAAUAGAAGAAGAUGAAGAAGCCGAAGAAACAAUUAUAGGAAUCUCGCAGUCGAUGAAGAGGAAGAGAAGAUCAAUGAAUUAAUGGGGUCUGGUAAAGUAAAAAGAGAACUUCAUAUAUGACUGGUUCAAAGUAUUUUCUGAUUUUAAUGCCAAAUUGUUGAUAUAAAUUUGUAAUAAUUAUAUUAAUAUAAUACAUAUAACAUUGAAUAAUUUCAAGUCUGAGACAAAAUUACACUUUAUUUAAUAUAGAAGUUUUAAACUUGGUUAUUGAUUGUCAAUAAUCUAUCACCAGCUUGAAAGUAAACUCCUCAGCUCUGAAAAGAACCACCUAAAGAAACAAAACAAUAAUUUAAAUCGCGAUCAUUCCCAAGGUCAUCAUUUUACAUUCUUAAAAUUUAUAGGUUUUGUAAUGUCUUUAGAUCACAAACAUUCCUUAACGGUUCUUUUAUAAUUGGGAAUAUUUUGGGAUUCUAAUUGAAUGUAGUUUUUAUAAAAUAGAUUGUUAUCGAUGUUUUAAGUAACCUUUGCAGUAUUAUUAUUGUGAAUAACUUAUUUCGUUUAGUCAAAU